CCUCAUCUCUCUUCUCUCUCGCGCUUUGCCUCGCUCUCUCAUCGAACUUUUUUACCUUUCUCUAUCUAACUUCUCUCUGAGUGUUGUUGAAGUAAUAAUCAUCCUUCAGAAUCAAUGGCGGGUCGGGGCAAAACUCUCGGAUCUGGAGCCGCCAAGAAGGCCCAAUCUCGGAGCAGCAAGGCUGGUCUCCAAUUCCCCGUUGGGCGUAUCGCUCGGUUCCUCAAGGCCGGCAAGUACGCCGAGCGUGUCGGUGCCGGCGCUCCGGUUUACCUCGCUGCCGUCCUAGAAUACCUUGCCGCCGAGGUUCUUGAACUCGCCGGAAAUGCAGCAAGGGACAACAAGAAGACAAGGAUUGUGCCACGCCACAUUCAGCUUGCGGUCCGAAACGACGAGGAGCUCAGCAAGCUUCUUGGUGAUGUGACGAUUGCCAAUGGUGGUGUCAUGCCCAACAUCCACAACCUUCUUCUUCCCAAGAAGGCUGGGUCCUCAAAGGCCACUGGUGGAGACGAUGAUUCUUAGAUUGAAAUUGAGAAAGAGGGCAGAGAGUUGUGGAUUUUCGGGGUAUUCUACGAUAGUUGGUAUCAGAUUUAGUGUCUUUUUUCCUUUAGUUUUGGUUAGGGUGUGAGUCUUUAUGUGAUUGUUGAGUUGUAGUAGUAGUAGUUUAGGGGUUUCAGGUGGUAGUAGUUAAUGUGAAUAUUGAUCAAUCUUCUACUAGUCAUAGAAGAGAUUGCUAAACCUUUGUUUUUUUUUUUUACUUCUUAUUUUUAUUUUUUAAUCUCACUGCUUGAUGAAAUAGUUAAUGACAUUGAUUAUGCAACAUUUAAUUCUAGUUGAAUUGAAUUUUUAAUGAUUGCGACUA